AUGGUUGCCACCAUUGGCUUGAACUUUAUUGAUUUGAUGGUGCGACAGGGGAACAUUGACAACCCUCCCAAGACACCACUUGUUCCUGGGUUUGAAUGCUCUGGAAUUGUAGAAGCUCUCGGAGAUAGUGUGAAAGGAUUUGAGAUUGGAGACAGAGUCAUGGCUUUUGUAAACUACAAUGCAUGGGCUGAAGUAGUGUGUACCCCAGUAGAAUUCGUCUACAAGAUCCCAGAUGACAUGAGUUUUUCUGAAGCUGCUGCAUUUCCCAUGAACUUUGUAACUGCCUACAUGAUGCUCUUUGAAGUUGCUAACCUAAGAGAAGGCAUGUCUGUGCUGGUUCACUCAGCAGGAGGUGGAGUGGGUCAAGCUGUUUCUCAGCUCUGUUCGACUAUUCCAAAUGUUACUGUUUUUGGAACAGCUUCAUCUUUCAAACAUGAAGCAAUCAAAGACUCAGUAACUCACCUGUUUGACAGAAAUGCAGACUAUGUUCAAGAAGUUAAAAGAAUCUCAACAGAUGGAGUAGAUAUUGUUUUGGACUGUCUUUGUGGAGAAAACACUGGGAAAGGCCUCAGUCUUCUCAAACCACUUGGGACUUAUAUUUUAUACGGCUCAUCUAACAUGGUUACUGGGGAGACAAAAAGCUUCUUCAGUUUUGCAAAAUCAUGGUGGCAAGUUGAGAAAGUAAAUCCUAUCAAGCUGUAUGAGGAGAACAAAGUCAUUGCUGGAUUUUCCCUAUUGAAUCUACUUUUCAAACAGAAUCGAAGUGGUCUGGUCAAGAGUGUGAUGGACAAACUCCUAAAUCUGUAUAACAAUAAGAAGAUCAAGCCUGUGGUUGAUUCGUUAUGGGCUUUGGAAGAGGUGAAGGAGGCCAUGCAGAGAAUCCAUGAUCGAGGAAAUAUUGGAAAACUAAUUCUGGAUGUGGAGAAAGCACCCACUCCCCUGAUGGCCAAUGACAGCACAGAGACAAGUGAGGCUGGAGAAGAGGAAGAAGACCAUGAAGGGGACAAUGAAAAUAAAGAGCGCAUGCCGUUCAUCCAGUAACUGCCAGAGGUGGUGGAAGCAGAAAGAUCGAUGAAGUAGAAGGGAACAAGAUGAGGAGAUCUAUUCUGUGCAUCAGUGAACAAAUGCUGUAGUACAGUGUGUGUUGUAUUUGUCUGCAGUCAGCUGAGCUAUGAGCUGUUGAUCAUUGUUGUUUUGAACUCAAGUGCCAUUCUCAUCCAGUGCAGUAUUAUGACAUUCCUGUGUAAUACCCAAUUUCCCUGUAGAAGUCCCAUGUAUUUUUCUGUUCCAGUUUAAAAGCCUUAUUAAUUUACUGUGUAAUUUUAGAUGGGCAUCUUUCUCAUGCAAAUUCCAACAUUUUGCCUAAAGUUGUUUGGGCUUUUUUUGCAAGUUGGAAACAGUAACAAAAAAAUGCCCCACUUGCUGUCUGGAAGAUUUGAGUAACUGGAGGGAAGAUUUUAAGUUUGUGGAUUUGCAGUGUUAAAAUAGUUUUUCUUUAUGAGGCACAGAUGAAAGUUGCAA